GCUUGAAGGGAAGUGACACACCCAUUAUUAUUUUUCCUAGAGACCGGGGUCUGUAUUCGAUUCAUACUCUUCCAUUUCCGAUGCGUUACAAUAGAGAACAUUCGGGCUGGUACAUUCAUCAACAUUCUGAUCAACAAGUGUCCAAAGAGGUCAGUGAUCGAUGGAGGACAUCACAAGAGGCAAGCUCACUGUGAAUGGUGUGCAGCUCCACUAUGCACACAGGGGGGACGGCCCCCACACACUGCUCUGUAUCUCAGGGUCCCUGGUCUCGGCAGAAUUCACGUACAAACCACAAUUCGAGUACUUCGGAAGGAAAGGAAGUGGAUUCAAAAUUGUAACGUUUGAUCUACGAGGAUAUGGAAACUCGCGACCUGCAGAGAGGUUCAAUGCAGCCACUUUCUACAGUGCUGAUGCAGAGGAUGCACACGCUCUCAUGCAAGCUUUGGGCUUUGAGAGCUACUCUGUAUUGGGCUGGUGUCAUGGUGGGGCAGUGGCGAUGGUGUUGGCUGUAAUGUUUCCAAAAGAAGUGGAGAAACUAAUCUUGAUUGGGAGCAAGUCCUUUUUCUCUCAAGAGGACCUCGACAAUUUCGAGAAGACACGACUUGUUUCUACAUGGCCUCCACACCUUAAAGAAAUCAUGGCACAGUUUUAUAGCGAUGAACUAUUCCAAGAAUUAUGGACAAAACUACUGGACAUUUUUGCUGAGAUUCGAACAAAAUACGAUGGUAAUAUUUGCAGGGAGAAGCUGAGCCAGAUAGGCUGCCCCACGCUGAUAUUGCACGGUGCCAGGGAUCCAAUGGUGUCUCCCUCACAUGCCCAGUACUUAAAGGAUGGUAUAGCAGGUAGUCGACUGGUAGUCAUGGAGGAAGGAAAGCACUGGCUGCACGGAAAACACUCCAAGGAAGUCAACGCUUUAGUGGAGACGUUUGUGUUAUAGCUAUAGGAUUGUAUGAUCAUGCAAGUCUGUCUAUUUAUAGCUGUGUCUUUUUUUAUACAGUGUAUAGUGUUGCAAGUCAUGAUCGAAGGAAUGUGAUCAUAAAAA